UAUUAAAUGAUUAUUCCCUUCUAUCAAAUUUAAUAACAGAAACAACGUAUAAACAAUUAUUAUGACAAAACAAUAAAAUCGAAGUCGGUUUUUUAUAAGCCGUCGAAUAAACGAAUAUGUUGGUGAAAGACCCUUGUGGUAUUGCAUGUAUCAUUAUUACCUAUUCAGCUAUUUUUUAUGCAGAUUAUGUAGUUGUAAAAUGGAUAAUUUUACAGACUAUGGUUAACAGCCUAUGGGGAGCCUUCAACCUUCUUACAUUUAAUGCAAUUAUUUUCCUUUUAUGUAUGUCCCAUAUAAGAGCCGUAUUGACUGAUCCUGGAACUAUACCUCUACCAGAAAAUAGAAUGGACUUUUCUGAUUUACAUUCAAAUGCCAGCUUGGGAUGUGACUUGGUUAAUUGGACUAUUUGUACAAGGUGUGAAACUUACAGACCUCCAAGGGCCCACCAUUGUAGAAUUUGCAAAAGAUGCAUUUUAAGAAUGGAUCAUCAUUGCCCAUGGAUCAAUAAUUGUGUUGGAGAAAGAAAUCAGAAAUUUUUUCUACAAUUUCUUAUAUACGUUGGAGCUCUUGCAGGAUAUUCUGUUAUUCUAGUUGUAAUUUCUUGGUUAACAGAAUGCUCCACAUGUAGCAAUGACAUUAUUAUUAAACAAUCCAGAAUAAUGCAUUCUGUAAUUCUCAUGUUGGAAAGCACCCUAUUUGGUAUGUUUGUGAUGGCAAUUUUCAUUGAUCAAAUGCAAGCUAUUUUGGGUGACGAAACAGCAGUGGAACAAAUAACUCAUCAAGGUCCAUAUAGGCCUUUCAAAUCUAAGAUGGCACUCUUAACAGAAGUUUGCGGUAAAGAGCAUCCACUUCUUUGGCUGCUUCCAUGUUCUUCCGUUCAUAAAAGAUAUGAGGAAAACCUUUUAAAUUAUGAAGUAUAAAGAUCUCCUAUGUUAUUUUUUGGAAUAAUGGUGCACUGCAAUUUGAAGCAAAUUUAGUUUCAAAGUGAUAACCUCUUCUAAGCCAUUUGAUGUGAAAUGUUAAGAAUAUUGCACACAGCUUAGUUGCAAUAUUUGACUAGAGCAGGCGAUUUCAUAUCAUAAAUCUCCCUAUAUCAAAUAUACUGGUCCUUAUUUUCUUCCACGUCAAUAUUCUUGAUGAAUAUACAUAUAUCGAAGACUUUACAUUGAAUGUACAAAUAAGAGUAUUCUACCAGAAGCUCAGUAAGAUUUUGUGGUUUUGAAAAAGCAGUGAACAAUUUGUCAUCAAGAUGAAAUAGGUUUCAUUUUUAAUCCGUUAUUUGGGCAAUUCCACAUUUACAAGAUGCAUCAAAAUGUAAGAAAAAAGAAAUAAAUCAGCAGAAGUAAUCAAAAUACAAAA